AUGUCUGACGAAGAACACAAUUUCGAAGUUGCUGAUGCUGGUUCCUCUGCCACUUACCCAAUGCAAUGUUCUGCUUUAAGAAAGAACGGUUUCGUCGUUAUCAAAGGUAGACCAUGUAAGAUUGUUGAUAUGUCUACUUCCAAGACUGGUAAGCACGGUCAUGCUAAAGUCCACUUGGUUGCUUUAGAUAUUUUCACUGGUAAGAAAUUAGAAGAUUUAUCUCCAUCUACUCACAACAUGGAAGUCCCAGUUGUUAAGAGAACUGAAUACACUUUAUUAGACAUUGACGAUGGUUACUUAUCCUUAAUGACCAUUGAUGGUGACACUAAGGAUGAUGUUAAGGCUCCAGAGGGUGAAUUAGGUGAACAAUUACAAGCUGCUUUCGAUGAAGGUAAGGACUUAAUGGUCACCAUCAUCGCUGCUAUGGGUGAAGAAGCUGCUAUUUCUUUCAAGGAAUCUGCCGGUAACUAA